UUUAUUUCUGAUUUUCAUUUGUAUUAAAAAAUCUUAAAUUAGAAUAACAAGUUUCGGCGAGUUGAUACGAAUACAACCUUGUAAAUAAUAAAGAAUAGGUCUCGCUAAGACGAGAUAGUCGUUCGUUUGACACAUAUUUGGCAAAAGGCCUUAGCAUUGCGUAGCGGAAUCAAUCGCUACGAACACCACGAUUGUUAUUUAAUCUUAUCCGCACAACUACGCUUGCAUAAUGAAGAUUUGGACAUCAGAGCAUACAUUCAAUCAUCCGUGGGAGACAGUAACACAGGCAGCAUGGCGCAAGUAUCCAAACCCAAUGACUCCAUCAAUUAUUGGCACCGACGUUGUUGAUCGCAAAGUAAUUGAUGGCGUGCUGCAUACACAUCGUCUAGUUCAAUCAAAAUGGUAUUUCCCAAAGUGGACACAUGCGUUAAUUGGUACUGCCAAAACCUGCUUUGCAAGUGAACGUUCAACUGUAGACCCCUCGCGAAGGCAAAUGGUACUCAAAACUAUGAAUUUGACAUUUUGUCGUCACAUAUCCGUAGACGAGGUACUGUAUUAUGAACCGCAUCCCACAGAUGAAACCAAAACAUUGCUGAAACAAGAGGCUUCGGUCAGUGUGCAAGGUGUGCCCCUAUCUCAUUACAUGGAAGAACUUCUAACGUCAAGUAUCAGCAUGAAUGCUGGCAAAGGACGACAAGGUCUUGAAUGGGUUAUUGGACGUAUUAAUGCCGAAGUUAAAGGCAUUGCAAAUUCAGCAGCAAAAAGCACAGAUGAUCUUAUUAUGACAACCCGCCGUUCCAUUGAUGACAUGACUGAAAGCGCGAGGAAGAGUAUGGACGAAAUCAGCGCGCAGGCAGCGAAACACAUGCACAUUUAGAUAACUGCAUUUGCAUAUAUGUAUAUUAUAUUAUAUAUAUAUAUGCACAUGCCAAACAUGCCACAACAUUAGUGUUAAGCGCUUUUGGAGCAACCUCUGGAGGACUCCAAACCAAUUUGGUGUUGUACAAUAACAAAAUUUGUGUGAAUGUUUUUGAUUUACAAAAUAGUUUAAUUAUUGGACAUAAUUUAUUUUUGAAAUUUGUGCUAUUAUAGUUAUGAUAAAAAAACUAAAUUUUUUCUAAAUCAAAUAAUUGUUAAAAGCGGAUCGUUUCAACUUUUUGCCGCAAUUUAAAUUAAUACCAAAUAAACUAAACAAAUUUCUGAUAAACGUGCUGAACAUUAAUUAUGCAAAACGAAAAUUUGAUUUUUAAUUAUACAAAAAUGUGUGAAAUUAUAUAUGUUGCAUAAAAUGAAAUUAAGUGUUAUGAAAAAUUAAAUUUUCUUACUAUAGAAUUUAUUAACUUUUUAAUGCAAUUUCGAACCGACCCAAGUCAAAAACUACAACAACCCCUAACGCCGCCAACAGUUAAUUAUUUUCUUUAACACUCCAUUGUGAAAUUUAAUACGCGACAAGCCAACAAAAAAAGAAAGAUAAAAAAUUACCAAAAAUAUAUAAUAUAUAUUUUUUCAUUUGUGCAAUUACCGAUAUGCAAAUCGAAAGUAAAAAAAGCAUACAAUUAAAAAAGAA